AUGGACCGAACAGUUUCACCUCUGCAACAUGACUCGACUAAAAGAAGGCGUAUACUUAGCGAUAUCGCAAACAGGUCAGUCCAGCCCAUAGAAAGCCAUACACGGAGAAAAACACUAGGGUUUGAUCUAGUCAGAAUCGACAUCUCAAAUCAGGACAAAUCCGAAUCACUCGCGCCAAAAAGUCAAUUAGAUAUGAAACAGAGAGGAUCUGGCAUUCCCACUCUUCGUGGGCCUGAUAGAUACGAAAAGCUCUUGAAUAUAAGCGAGAGCUUGAAUAGAAAGUGCAAAGUGAACACAACCCAUUACAAUUACUCAUCGACGAAUAUGAACGAAUCAAGUAGACAGCUUAUAGAAAAGCUCACACAGGAACUUGAGGACUUGGACAGUGAAAUACGACAGGCUUCUGAGGACUUGGCUUUGGUCGAUGACGAGUAUUCGCACCAAAAUAUGCUACAUCGUGCUCUAAAAACAGAAAUGACUGAACUCAACAAUGUUUUGCGAGAUCACGAAGCGAAAUUCGAGUAUUUGCUGAGCCAAGCGACGUCGAAGGUUGAGCUUAAGCAGAAAAAGAUUGAUGUGGCACUCAGAGAGUACAGAACAAAAGCAGAUGAUUCUUACAAUAAUGCUAAAUUUGAUUUGGAAAAUGAAUUGCUAAAUGUCUCUGUCUUUGACGAUACAGAGGACUUGUUGCAGAUUGAAGAGCUCAAGCGAAAAAAGCAAACCCUACAGAACGAGCUUGACGACCAACUAGAAUUGAACCGGAAACUGCUUGAGAAAGCAGAGGCUACACAUGAGACAUCAUCAAAGACACUUGAGAUGAAAUUGAAAGAAUCAAUGGAUACCGAGUUCUCGAAGUUGACCGAACAAGAAAACUUACUCAAAAGUCUAGAUGACGAACUAGUCAAACUCCAAGAGUCUAUUAAUAGUCAGAGACAUUUGGAGAGUGAUCUCCAAACGCAGAUUAUUGCAAAAGAAGAGCUUAUCCAUAAUUAUUCGGCCGUGAGAGGAGACUGGCAGGCACAGCUCCACGAUCUCAAUGGCGAGCUUCGGAACUAUAACCAGAGUGAAUCUGACUGGUCGCAAGAAGUGCAAAAGGCCAAAGCUGAUCACGAUCGCGAACAAAAGAAAUUAAAGAACUACACGAAAACCAGGCGGGCGCUUGAAUACGCACUAUUUCAAUAUGGAAAGAGUCGUAAGUCAUUCUUGAUCAUACCAAAAAUGUCACCGGAAUCGCAAACUUUUCAAGAGUUUGAUAAGAUCAUAGAAACAGCACAAUUAUCCGAGAAAGCUAGCAUGGAGUGGCAAUUGCACACUCAAGAAUCCUUGCGAAAGUCAAUGACCGCAAUGAUAUUCUCCGGCUCAACUCAAACAAGCUGUCUCGAAUUCAUAAAAGAUGCCUUGACCCAUUUGCUCGAAGGUUCCCAAUCGAAGCGUUUUAGUGGGUACACAUACGAAUUCUUCAUCCAAAGUGUUCGCAUCACUAACAAACGAUUGGUAGACCUCUUUAAUCGAUCUUCUGAGAUAGUAUUGAACUUGAAAGGAGAUCACAUGAAUCUUGUCAGUCAAAAAAUGUCAGUCUCGGGGCCUCAUGAUAUCGACACAGCCUUCCAGAAUAUUACUCUCGACGAACACCCUAGCCUUCAUCUAUUCACAAUCAUCGGAACACAGAAAGCAGGUGAGCCAGAGUGUUUUAGAUCCUCUUUAUGUUUGGUGGAUAUUUCGAAAGCUUCUUUGGCAGAGCAGUCCGUCAUGUUAACCGGGACGAGUGGUAAUAUCGAGCUUCAAGUCCUCCUCAAACAUAUAUUGAAAUAUCAAAAAUGCCUUAGCAUUUGUGAGCUCGACGACAUCGAUAGUCUUGAUGCAAAAAACCUUGCGCAGGCUAUUCAACAUUUCAAUUCAUAG